AUGGCGGAGAGCAGGUCCAGCACGUUGUGGAGAGCGAUGUCAAUCGCUUUAACAUUUUCGUUCAUGCGGGUUGCUUUGUUCCUUCUACUACACACAAAAAUCAUAACUAACCGUACCGUUCACUUCCGGCGAUGGUUUAACAAUAAUUGGAGCUUCAGUUGGCUCUGGUUGUUCAACCUCGCUGCUUCCACUACCGCCGGUGCUCCGCCCCAUACACUUCUUACACUGAUAUAUCUCGCAGAUCUUACGAUAAUCGCUAGGAGAAGCAUCCUUUUGGUUCCCGAUCACGUUCUGUAA